GUCUGGUUGUAAUGAAGUCUCACUCUUCGCCGCUGGAUGGCACAUGAAUAACAGUCUCUCCUCCUCAACAUCAGUUCAUUGCGCAGUUCGGAUCAUGUUUAUCAAGCGCUCUUCUUUUCCCACGCACCACUUUGCGGAAUUUUGCCUGUUUCGGGGGAAAUCUUUAUAGCAGCUUGCGCAAGGAAGAGUUCACGUGAAUUUCCUCUGUGUGUAAGGCUUCUCCAAACGACAUGAGGGUUAGACCCCUCCAAGAGCUGGACAUCUAUGGUUCCUCUCUCCCCACAUCCUAAGGCAGAGGGACUCAUUCCUGAUUCUGGUCCCAGUUAUUCCCCCUCCCCAAGUCUUUCCCUAAUUCAUGAGCCAGCAGGAUGCAUCAUCUGUGCGAGCCCUCUCUGAGCGUCUCCUCAUAGCCUCGCACAAGGGCCAAGCUGAUCAUGUGGUUCAGCUCAUCAACAAAGGGGCCAAGGUAGCCAUUACCAAGAAUGGCAGAACCCCUCUGCAUUUGGCUGCCUAUAAGGGCCACAUUGUCGUUGUGAGAAUUCUUCUGGCAGCUGGGUGUGACCUGGAUAUUCAGGAUGAUGGUGACCAGACGGCUUUACACAGAGCAGCUGUGGUGGGAAACGCUGAUGUCAUUUCAGCUCUCAUUCAGGAAGGAUGUGCACUAGAUAGACAAGACAAGGAUGGGAACACGGCGUUACACGAGGCUGCAUGGCACGGCUUCGGUCAGUCAAACAAACUGCUAAUGAAGGACCCAACCAACAUUCAAAAAAAAAACAAGGCAGGAAACACGGCUCUUCAUCUGGCGUGUCAGAACGGUCACGCUCAAAGCUCAAAAGUCCUGCUGCUGGGCGGCUCUUGUCCUGACAGUAAGAACAGCGUUGGUGACACGUGUCUGCAUGUGUCUGCGCGAUAUAACCAUGUGAGUGUGAUCCGAGCGCUCCUGAGUGCCAUCUGCUCAGUGACUGAAAGAAAUCAUGCGGGAGACACGGCUUUACAUAUCGCAGCUGCUCUGAAUCACAGGAAGACUGUACGCAUGUUACUGGAGGCUGGGGCCGACAGCCGCAUCAAAAACAAUACGGGAGAGACGGCCCUCGAUCAGGCUCGUGAAAAUGAUAAUCCUGAAGUGGCACUGCUGCUCACCAAAGCUCCACAGAUCUUCACUCGAGGACGCACUGUGAGGAAGAGGAGGGACAAGAUGAAGACUGAGCGGCGAGCACAGUCAGUCCCACGUGAUGAGAUGCUGGCGAGAAAGGGCAGUGUAUCUCCUGUAAAUGACACUCAUGGCAGUGAUAAUGACAAUGUGUGUGUCACAGAGGCACGUGCGAACAAAAACAGUGAGAAGAAAGUCAAAGAGAGGCUGUCGCUGUCAGAUGCCCUCAUUCAAAGACAAAAUAAACACAGUGAUCAUAAGAAGAAGAGUAAAACAGAAAGUUCAUCAGCUCUUCCUCAUAACUACAAAGCGUUCCAGCUCUAUACUCUCUACAGAGGCAAAGAUGGCAAGAUCAUGCAGUCCCCGUUGAAUGGCUGCAGGUGUGAACCUCUCAUUAACAGACUGGAGAAUCAGCUCGUGGCCACUAAAGAGGAGAUACAGUCAGAGAUUCACACUGUACAGGAGCUCAUGAACGGCAAGAUGGGCCAAAUAGAGCGCAAGAACAAGCAUCAGAUCAGAGCUCUAGAUAAGAUCACUUUAGAGAGAGUGUCUGCUGAGAGGAUUGAAUGUUUACAUCGCAUUGACAAGCGAGCCAUACAAGAGCGCUUGGAAGGUGAAAAAAGACAGGCGUCAGUGGUCAGUGAUCUCAAGAACUGGUGUGUUUCGAAGAUCCAAAGUUUGGAGACGCGUCUUUCUGGCGAUCGCAGCAACACUAAGUUACAGCGCUCCUCGUCCCUCAAAGACACGCUUUCAGAUUGUGAUCCCCGUUCCCACACAGCUCUACCGCAAACAUCUGGUGCCAAAGCCUGCUACUCUCCAUCAACAAACCAACCAGAGCCCAAAGAUGGACGAGAGACUGUAGCAGCGAGCACGAGUGCUGAGGAUGGAUCAGCUGGUUACUAUGUGAUUGAGGUGGACCGCGUCUCGCCGGAAAAGCAGUCAGCACAGAAUCAAUCUGCACCCCCGUCUCCUUGUAUAGUCCGACCUAAGCAACGAUCCCGGGCCUGUAGUGACCCUCACCGAGCGCAAGAUGGGCCUCUGGAGCUGAGACCUGUCCCUGAUCAGUGCUGCGAGCACAGGAACCUCAAAAGAGCAAAGACCAAACAAAACGCUCAAACCGUGACGAGUUUAGGAGACCCGCACACAACCGAGGCUUCCUUCGCCCAGGAGCGGGAAAACAUGCACGCGCUGGAGGUUACGCAGUACUUUUUUGAGGCAGUGACUGUGCAGAUGGAGCGCUGGUAUGAACACAAGAUUGAAGAAGCACGCUGGCAGGCCAACCAGAGAGUCCAGGCUGACAGAGCCGCUCUGCUGGACAGAAUAAGCUACCUUGAGGAAGAACUCAGACUGCUGAGAACUAACGAGCAGCAGGAGAGCUAGUACAGAAGAUAACACUAGUGUAGCGUCCGCAUGGAUGAGUGAAGUUCAAUAGAGCAGCUAACACAUCAGCAGCAAACGUCAGGAGAAGUAGCACCUAAACACUUCAAGUUUACACUAGUUUAUCACACAGUUCAUAAUGGAGAGCACUCGCAUUCUUAGCACUGUAGUGGGCAUUAGCAUAAACUGUCUGCUGAGGCUUGUUGCCGCCAGAGUAACACAAGAAUGCACUUUAUGUACAUGCUGCCAGAGCCCUGUUCAAGACUUUGUGUCUGUGUUUGCGUGCUUGCGUUGGCUUUACACACUAACCGUCACUGCCAAAGAUCUGUUCCAACUCCAGGUUUUAACCUCUUUGAUAGUGCACUACAAAGCUAAGUCUGUUUUAUUGUAAAAGGACAAAAAUGUAAUGCAUACUGUAUAACGUAAAUGUGUAUUCUUAAUUAAGAAUAAGGCAUGAACACAUUUAUUCCAGUGCUAGUCCUCAAAUUUGCUGAAAGUGUCGAAAUUUUGCCACUACUUUUGAGGAUUGUCAGAUCAUAUAAAACCAGUGAACGCUGACAAAUAAAAGUAAGAAAAUCCAUCACAGCAAACACCGUGAUAUAAGCAAGUAUUCGUUUUUGUAUAUGGUCUUUAUCGCACAAAAUGAAAUGUCUUAACCUGUGAUGCUGAACUGAGGAUGUUGAUGUAGUUUGUAGGGGAAGUAGAAGAACACAAUGAAAUAAGUGUUUGUAACAGAUUUGCAUGUGUGAAUGUUUCAUUUGGAAGGUAAGUCGUCUAAUUUAACAGUUUUUAAUCAUUACUUUAAAAACAUUCAGCAAAAAACUGUCCCUUUCUGUAUUUUGAGGUUAAAAUCACUCAACUAUAACUGUGAUCCGGUGUGAAAGGCCCACUUUUCACCAUCCAAUCAAACAUGAAUGUCAUUUUAUGUUGAUUUUUAAGUUGCUGGUCAUUCUUUCAGCGACACUUAACCUCACACUGCUCCAUGAAGACUGACCUAUAAUGUGUAGAUUGUUUUAAGUGUUGUUGAAAUGAUUAAAAUGUAAAAUAAUCAUAUUGCCAGUGACUAUUGAUGUUGAACUAUGUAACCGCAACUGUCUUGACAAACGUUAACAACUAAUAUGUAAUUUUGUUUUUCGUAUUUUUAUAUAUAUACAUGUACAAAUACUAGAAUAAUUGUUUACAGCUGCUUCAAAUGGAACAUUAUUAUUUACUAUAUAAGACAGCUGUGUGAUCUGUCACAAAUGAAUGUUUAUUAAACUA